AUGGGUCAAGAGAAGUAUCCCAAGACUCAUGCGAUGAAUUCAUUUUUCUUUACACGAGUACACCUGAACGGGCAUGACACCGUAAAAAGAUGGACCAAGAAAAUCGACAUUUUCCUUUUUGAUUUGAUUUUAGUGCCAGUCCAUUUAGGCAACCAUUGGUGCCUCAUUGUCAUAAGAAUGAACGAAAAAGAAAUUCAUUACUAUGACAGUUUGAAGGGAGACAGGACAAGGUAUCUCGACUCUAUGUUGAAAUAUUUGGUCGCGGAGGCAAAGGAAAAAAAAAGGAAGGAGAUAAUCCCACAGGAGUGGAAGCUUACUAUUAAGAAAGAAAUCCCUGUUCAAGAAAAUAAUUACGAUUGCGGGGUUUUUGUAUGUACUUACGCGGAACAUAUCACGGCAGAUCGCAUAAUGAAAUUCUCCCAAAAAGAAAUGGCCAAUUUAAGAAUAAAAAUUAAAGGCGAACUUAAAGAGGGUAAAUUGAGAGAAGCCGGAGAAACAAUGGGUUAG